AUGAACCACGCGCGACUGCCAAGGCAGCGGAGGGGCGCCUUUGUCGGCUUCUGCUCGCGACACACUUGCAGCCGGAGUCGGCAACUCGGCCUCCCAAACGACUGCUGCCCAGAUGCGACGCCUUGCAGGCUGGCGCCCAAUGCGUCACAUCACAUCCUGUUUGUGCACGUGGAGAAGACAGGCGGCUCGUCUGUGGAAUGUGCUGCAAGGGACUGGGCGCAGGCCGGCUACUGGACGAGCAUGGGGCACGUUGGAACUGACGGCCGAGGGGAUGCUGCGUUGCGUGCGUGCCGGAGGCGGUGCGAGGAUGCGGGCGUGCCUACUGCUGUCGUCAUCAGCGUGCGCGACCCGUACUCGUACUGGCAGUCCGUGCACCGCUUUGCCUGGAGGGCUGCUGGGACGCGCCUUUCAGCCACCUACAACGCCCUGACCAGCGAGUUCAGAGCCUCGACGCGCGUGUCGAGGAGGGAGCCCGGCAUCCUCGCGACGCUGCCUUCGCUGCUCGGCUGGGUGGAGGCGACGCCGAGCGCCGUUUCGUGCAGCUCCAACUUUUCGCGCUGCCUUUCGCUUAGUGGCCGCAUCAAGCGCGCGUGCGGAGGCACCCUCUCGGGCUGCGCCGCUGACUUUGUGCUACAUACGGAAACGCUCGAGCGUGACUGGUCCUCUCUGGUGGCUCGCUAUGGCUUGCCCGCGACGCCUCUGCCGCAUGUCGUGCCGGGCUCCGGGUACAGCAAGAACAGAAGCUGCCACUGUGCCCUCGACCGGCCCCGCCGCUGCGACCCCUUCUGGGGGCGGAGAGGAGGAGGGUCCUUCAGCUGCUCGGACGCGCCAGUGCUCGCCGCGACUCAGCACACAGCCGCGACACGCGCCAUUAUCGACCGUGUAGAGGGAGAAGUCUUCAACGGAUUCGGCUAUGCACAUUCGAGGUGA